AUGGUUCUCGUCAGGCAUGAAAUUCCGGUAGGAAGAUUGCCCCCUGGGCAAGGCCGCUCCUCCGCAGGCGCUUCGAUGCCUUCCGCGGCACCUCCAUCCACCUACGAAUCCGCCUCUCAAGUUCGAGGCUCGCCCUUCGAAAACCAAGCGGGACAAGCGAAGGAUUACAGGACGGCCAGGAUGCAGUUGGUGUUUUUAGAGCAGCGGAACAGGCAGCGUCUCGAAUUCUUUGCAAGCCUCGCCAGAGAGAAGGAAGCCAACCAGAGUCGCAGUGACCCCUCGGCUCAGCCGCGGGAAGGGUCGGUGCCCCAAGGCUACGCAACUCAAACGAGAAGUCUGGAAGGGCAGAACAACAAGCCACUGGGGACGGCGAGUGUGCCUGGCCUGGAGAUGGGGUCUCCGGGGUCAUCGCAACAGGACUACUAUAUGCGGCAAAAGGCUCUAGAGCAGCAGAACCAAACGAGAGACUAUGUGUCCAGAGAGGGCCCAUGGCAACACCACUCGGAGCUGUUGAAAAGGUUGCAGCAGCACAACGUAAACAGGUGCAAGGCAAUAAGAGCCGCCGACCCGGAAGCCUUUGAUGCAAACCAGCCCGGAGUGCGGGCGGAGCUUAUCCGGCAAGUGGAGGGGUGCUCUUUGCAGGAAAAAGGCACAGCAAGGACCCAAACCGAAUACCUGUCUGGUCAGCGACUACCUGGUAGUCCGGGGACAACUUGCAGUCCCCCGGUACACACCCCGCAGUCCGCCAGUGAGUAUCAAGCCGCAUCGAGCCGUCCUCUGCCGCUAAGACCAGCCCGUGGACCUACAAACGUCGAUGAGGAUCUUUAA